CAAAACCUUUAUUUGCAUCGCCUACAAUUUCAAUUUUGUUUUCUUUUGCAUGAAUUUGUCUAAUGAUGUAUUUAUUGCUGUGUUGUCAAGAGCAUCAAUCUCAAUCUGUCUUUAGCAAGGAUGAAGAUUCUGCUCUCUUUUCUUCUGCUGGCUGCUCUUAGUGAGCGAGUCUCAGCCCUGAUUCGGGAUCACUUUUAUGUGGAUGUAAACAUGACCUGGUUUGAAGCUCAGACAUACUGCAGGACCCACUAUAAUGAUUUGUCCACUUUCAGCAGUAAACAGGAGUAUUUGGGGUUCUUGAAAACAAUAGGAAGUAAACGCUUUGGUUGGAUCGGCUUGUACAACGAGAAAGGAAAUACAUUUGUAUACAAACAGUGGUCCGAUGGUAACCCAAUUACAUACACACAGCUGAAAAGCAGUAUUUUGUCUUAUAAUGGCCAGUGUGUGUAUGUGAACAGUCUGGGGUCUUGGGUUGUUGGUGAUUGCUUAAAAGUACUUAUGCCGGUGUUUUGCUACAGAGUGCCAGAUCUGAUCUUAGUAAAAGAGAAUAAAAGCUGGGAGGAUGCAUUGGAGUACUGCAGGCUUCACUACAUUGACCUGGCCAGCCUGACCUCACUCACUGACUUGCUCACAGCUGAAAAAAUUGUAAAUACCACUGCAGUUAAUGUCUGGACAAGCUUGCGAUUACUCGCCGGACUUUGGUUUUGGAUAAACGGUGACACUUUGGACAGCCAGAUGUCAUUGCCUUCAUGUCCCACCUCCCCAAAUCACUGUGGAGCUCGAAACUUUGAGGCUGCUCGCUGGGAGUUUAGAGACUGCGAUGAGAAACUCAAUUUCUUCUGCUAUACUUAGAAACCCACCAGUGGCGUCACAGAACAAGCCACAGCAAAACUAGCAGAUUUUUGAUGACAAAGAGAACAUUGAAAGUGGUGGACCUUAUCAAUUUCCCAACAGCGCAAUGUACAGUAACUGUCACACCUGGUUUAAAAGAUGUAACAUUAAGGGAGAUGACACAGCGACAUAAUUUUAAACAUAUUUAUUACAAGAAAUCAAAGAAAAUAAACAAUCAAACAAAGGUCCCAAAACUGGAGCGUGCACCUGGCAACUGCCCUCAAGCAGUGGCGGCCGUUGAAUGACAUGCCACGCUUAAAUUAAGAGCGGGAAAAGAUACAGGUGUACUGCAGUCAUGCCCCAAUCAACCUGUAAGAGACUUAACAGAACCAACUCACACAACUAACUCCUAACAGUAACAAAUAAUUGUCCAGAUAUUGCAUAUCUAUAUUAACAUCAUUCUCAAGAAACUAGUUACAUGU